UAUUUUUUAUGAUUUUUAUUUAGCAUUAGUAUUUGCGGACAUGUUCAACGCGCACAUAUAAUUAUUAAUUUCUAAUUCUGCAAGGCUUGCAGUAUAUGUGAAACUUAUAGGCAGAUAAUUAUGGUAAAUGAAACGGGCUAAGGAAUUACGGUUGUUGGGAAGGGUUCAUAGGUUAACUUUAUAUCAUUUGCGGUGAAAAAAUGUUAAUUGAGCUAAAGAACAAAUUUUCAACAAAACUGUAUUAUUUAAAAACAAUAUUCAAUAUCUGUAUUAAUGCCAGCGUGCUUUUUAGUUGAUAUAGUGACUAAACAUGCUCAAAAUAAUACAUAUGCUUUAUGUACUUUGCUUCAAAUCAAUUCUAUACUAUUAUGCUUUACGGCAGCUACAUCCAGCUAACGAAGUGAUUAUUAUAAAUUGAGUGAAAUAUUAUUUAAACAAAAGUAUUUAUUUACACGAAUUUGUUUAAAACACAUUUUGUUAAAAACUCUAAGAAGAAAUUCAUGUGUACACUAAAUAAGUAAGAGUAUUGAACAAAUAUAAAAAGCUGAUAUUCGCAGAUUGUGGCAGCAAUGUAUUUUAACUCAAAACUCGCAUUUACUUAUAUAUAGGGUUGAAAUAUUAGUUUUACCUUUGAAUCCCAUAAAUUUAAAGUUCAAAAAUGUGUGGCAGCGAAUAUAUGAGUAUAAAUGCCGUGUUUAAGAGAUUUUGUUCCUUUGACGACAACUGCAACAACUUAUAAGAUAUAUAAAUAUCUAUGUACAUUGUGUAUAUAUGUGUAUGAAUUUAAAAAAAAUAUAAGUAAUAUUAAAUAUGUAUGCCUGUGUCGGCUCAAUAGUGCUGAUAGGAUGAUAAAUUCUCAAACAGUUAUGGUAAAGCACAAAUAAUUCAUAUAUUUGAUCUCUGGUCAAUAAUCGAGUAUCAAAUGGCUGAGAGAAAUAUACAAACUUCAAAAUAAUAAUACCUACAAAUUUAUUUAAAAAGGGAGGCCGCAACAUUUGAUAUUGUUAUCAAACUAAACAAGUUUGAAGUCGUGAGAAUCGUGCAUUUAUUGACAGUGGUUUAAGCUGUAGAGCAUUUAACAUGGAUGCCAAGAAGAACAUAGCGACAUCGCAAGCAAGUGGCACUACAUUGCGUCGUCCGAUUCAAAUUGUGAAAAAACGUUCUGGUCCAUUAGAUGAUGCACUAAAAGAGCUAUAUCAGGAGCUAAGUGAUGAACCCGCUACGACUGACACGACAGCGUCGACGGCAACACAAGCGGCUUUUACAGUUUGGCAACCAUCUUCAAGAGAUACCAGUAUUAAAUUUCCCUCAUUCACAGUGACCGCAGCAUCACCACAAUCCGCACGUCGUCGUCCAACAACCAAAGAGAAAGAGAAAAAACGCGAACGUUGGUUACUUACACGUAAAACUUGGAAAUAUAUGACUGACGCUGGACGUAAGCUUAUACCAGAAGGAGCGCAAAACUGUAAAGAAGACGUAGCGAAGAUUGAAGCAAAUUUUCAACAGAUUUGUUCUAAUGAACCCCGUUUUAUAUUGUGGCGUCGGAAGUCUUCUUAUCCAGGAGCCGUGCGAAAUUCGAAACAACGUUUGAAACAUUUAUUGCAACAUACGGGACAAAAGGGACCAAAUACGAUAGAAGCAAUAGAAAAGGAAGAAGCACACAAUGCUAAUCAAGUAAUCGAUCUUUUGCAGUCUUUUUUAAAGCUUGACGAAAUGUGUAAAACUACGACAUUACUCAGCUCCAAAACUGUGCGGCCAGAUCAGACAGCUUCGCCAAGUGCUCGUCGUCCUAGUAGCGUUCGGAAGUCAGCGGCUAACAGUGGGAAUAUAACUUUACGUGGUCCUAAUUUUUUUGCACUGGAACUUCCUAACGACUUACAACAACUUAAUGAAAUCGAUCAACUGCUUGAACGAUUACGAAGAAUUUCUCGUAGUGCGAAAGUAAAUGAAUUCACAAUACCACCAAAUGAUAUUACUCCAGCUAUUCUUCAGGAUAAGGUUUUACUUAAACAAAUAUAUAAUUCUCUUAAAAAGCAACAGUUACAUCGUGUUUUGAGUACACAUUCCACACCGUCAUUAAAGGGUACCCGACCGAAUAUAAGGCACUCUUCAUCAUUAUCUAGUUUACAGAAUUUUAACCUUAAUAGACUUGUUAAGUUUGGGGGUAGUACUAAAGAUCAGGAUUUGAAUUUAGAACCUUCCCAUAAAGAAGCUAUCAUUCAAUUGAGAAAAUCCGCUACAAAACUAACGGUAUCAUCACCGACAAUAACUGGAGCAGUACCAAAAAACCAACUUUUUUCAAUCCCAAAGGACACUAGUAUCAAACCUAUGCCUCCUACGCCAACGCCUCGCACACGUAAGCCACCAAAUACACUUAGUCUACCAGCUUUAAACAAAAACAGCACAAAUAACGUACCUUUAAGACAUGUGAAACAGCCUCAGGCUGUGAAGAAUUUUAAUUCUUGUGGAACUCAAACUAACUUUGUCCCUUUGCAAGAAAUUAAACGUUUAGCAGAAGAAUAUAAGAAUCUGAAACAGGAAAAUGCUUCACUGAAGGCUUUAUUAAGUUUCACGCCCAGCGCCACUGAUGAUGAGAUGGAAAAAGGCGCCAGUUCUACAACAACGACAAGCCCUCCACGCCAUCAUAGUCGCAAGAGUUCUAUAGAUAAUGAAAAUAUAUCACAAUCCGUAAGUGAUACGAUUAAGCGAUAUUUGCGUAUGGCGCGAAAGAAGAGUGUCAAUGAUGGUAACUCUAAUCGAUUUAAGCGUGUUAAUUACGAUCGUAAUUUACGCAAUAUAAAAGUGAAGGGCGAAAUUAAUCCGCCUGGUAUGGAUGAAGACAAUUCGAAAGCUGUACAAACAUUGGACGCAUGGCCCGUGAUUUGUUUAGACUUUAUACGUGGCAAAGAAACAUAUAGUAUCUUAGAGGCAGCUCACGCCGAAUGGCAGCGGUCACUAGAUGAACGUAUUCAAAAAAAGAUGGAAUACGGCCAAAAAAUCUGUGAUUUAAACAAUGCCACAUUAACACCGGCUGUAUCGAGUUGUGGUUCCUCAUCUGCACCGACAUCGCCAACAUCUCCUGUAACUUUCAGUGAAGCUAGCCACAAUUUAGAAACUCGUCAAGCGAACCACGGAAUUGGAAGCAGCAUGGGAAGCCUUCGUCACGUUGGAUCACAGUUUUUAUCAAAUUUAUGGCACGGAACUAGUAUUAGUAAAGCAGGAACUCCAGAUGAUGAAGAUGCUGGCAACAGAAGUGCUGAAAGACAUGUUCCAAAUCAUUCUAGUAGCUUUUUAAAAUUUCAUCGAAGUUCAAAACACGAUCACAGCCCAAUAACUAAUGACUUUGCUGCGAAGGGUGCAAGUUUGAGCACAACAAUGCAAAAGUCAAAAUCAUCUUCCAAUGUCGGACAAUUUGUCACACGUAAAAUACUUAAAAGCCGUUCGAAAAGUCAGUCACGACCGAACACUCAAGCAUCAGUUUCGAAAUGGGCGCCAGCGGAAAAGUGCAGUUGGACUUCAGAGAACGGUGAUUUUAUUGUAAUACAAGAUUCAUGGUUGCAAAAUCUGACGGACAUUGAAGCGAAAAUUUUACAACGUGUUGCGAUUGAAAAGAUAAGCGAACUUAAUAUUGGAGUUAAUGUCUUAUUAAAUAGUAAACCACAGAAGCGCAGGGUUCUGGCCAAGAAGAAAGCGAUGACUACCAGUUUCUUUGAUGUUAGUAAAAAAGAGGACCAAAAGCAAGGUGGACCCGGUUUAUUUGGUAACUCCUUGGAAUGGUGUGUAAUCAAUGAUAAGAAGCGGGGAAACAACUUGAAGGCAUCAACUGAUCGUGGUUCGCGCAACUCAUUAGUAGCACUAUUUCGUGGUGGUAGUACGAAUGAGGUAACAUAUAAGUUGGAUGAGAAUGUGCCGUCUUAUGAAAGCUUGCCCUCGAGCACAUUUUCUUUGGUAACUUCGCUUAGUAGUGAUAACAAUUGUCAUAGUGGCCGAGCGAACAGAGGUUAUUUGGACAACCUGUCAUCAAUGCAGAAGCAGAUUUCACGCAGCCAAUCUGAUAUAAGGCGUCAUAGUCAAGAGUUGCAAGAUCCAUCUUAUUUUAAGGCGCAGAGUGAAAUAGCCAAUCAAAAUACUUUGCAAGUGCCUACUUUCAUAACAUCUUGCAUAAAAUAUCUUGAAGAGCACGGAUUACACAAGGUUGGACUGUUUCGUGUCAGCACAUCCAAGAAGCGAGUUAAACAGAUGCGUGAGGACUUUGACAAGAAUGCUGUCACUGAUAUUCGUGAGGAAACUUGUCCUCACGAUGUUGCAACGUUGAUAAAGGAAUUCUUGCGGGAUCUCCCAGAGCCGUUGUUGUGCAGCGAUUUGUAUACAGCAUUUUUAGAAACUCAAAGAAUACGUAACCGUCGCUUACAGUUAGAAGCUAUAUCCCAUUUAGUCAAACUGCUUCCAGCGGCUCAUCGUGAUACCCUCUACGUUUUAUUUAAGUUUUUAGCAAGGGUUGCGUCCUGCUCCGACGACGUUAUUGGUCACGAUGGUAAUGUACAAGUCUGCGGUAACAAAAUGGAUAGCAACAAUCUAGCAACUGUUUUUGCACCUAACAUUCUGCGUACAAAUUUCUUAAGCACCUCUUCGUCAGAUAUAGUAACGUGUGGAAACAGCAUUGAACAGGAGGCUAUGAAUGAUGCUAUAAAUGUAGUAAGAAUUAUGAUUGAUCAUUAUGAAGAAAUCUUCAAGGUGCCGGCCGAACUAAUUGACAUUGUAUACUCCCAUAUGCUGGACGCGUGUCCAGAGAAGCUUUAUAGUAUAUGCGAGCAACGCAUACAGAGUAUAAGUGGUAAUAUAGGCAAUUCGUGGUCUUCGUUAAACAGUAGUGAGCAAAGCUUAUCACCAAUGACCACAACUUCUGCUUCCAAUAUAUCUUCCUCUAUUGUCGGCAGUGUGGUAGGUGUUAGUCCAAGUACGUUGCCAUCCUUGAAUACAAUUGCGAAACGUCUGUACACACGUGAGUCUGUCAUGCAUGAUAAUGAUGCAUGUCGUUUAACAGAAGCAGCAAUAAAUGAUGGAAAAUGGAGCUCGAAUAUGCAUUCAAGUCGUCACUCUAUGACACAAAAGUUACGGCAUAAGGGUCGUAAGGGUAUUAUUACAAACUCUGACAUGGUGGAGCGACGACAAUCUUCACCAAAUAUAUUAGAUAAUGCAGCUAUUUUAUCAGCAACCUUACAAAUUCAAGUACCCGGUAUCCAGGCAGGUCAUUUAAAAUUAACAGCCACCACACCGCAAAAAAAAACAAAAUCAAUACCGAACGAAAAAAUAGCCUAUGAUUUGGAUGACAUUACUACGGGGGUAUCGAGUUCUUUGUCCUCACAUUCAAUGGAGAAUUAUUCAGAUAUUUCCUAUUUUGAAAAAGCAACAAAAAACCAAGAAAUGAAACACGUUCAUCAAUAUAUUCCAAUUGCCGGAUCAUUGUCCAUUUCAACCAAAAUUGAAAGAUCCGCAAAUGAUUAUCGACCAGUUCAGAUAGUGCAAGAACGAAAACAGCAUCAAAUUCAUAAUAAUCGACCAAGCUAUUUACGACCGCAGUCUACAACACAAGCAUUACUAUCAGUUCCGAAUCAAUGCGCCUCUGUCGAACCGGAAUCUCUUUCGAACCCGUAUAUGUAUGAUUCAUUACUUAGGAGGAACACAGAAAACCAUGUACAUAAAUCACCAGCGAGCAUUUCCAAUAUUGGCGGCGCGAUACAGCGGUCGAAAACUGCUGAUUUUGGGAAUAUGUCCACUAAUAAACAACAUCAACAGAAGCAGCUACAAUCGCAAUUGGAACGAUCGCCUAUUCAAGAUGCAACAGUGUCCUUACCAGCAACAAAUAACGCGUAUCUUUAUAAACGCCAGGAACUAAUAAAUAGUGCCAAAUAUGGCAGCGAAAAAAAAUAGACAUAGUAGUGCUCAGAUUGAGACAUUGAAAUCUGUUGCAAGGUAUGCAUCAAGAGAAUUGUGUACGCUUUUGAUAAAUACUCUCCUAUUAGAACGAUUCUAAAUAACAGUGAAGAAAUUGCACUACUCAGGAAAUAUAGUGUUAAGAGGUUACAUAGUUUUCCUCGAGCAAAAAACGGCCUAGUUUCAAUGAUUUUUUCGAACAUUUUACUUUUCCAAAGAUACAUUGUGUGAACAUUUCAAAGGAAAAUAUUCAAAACACGCCCGGGAGUUCUUCGGAAAAAGGUUCAACCACGUUGACAGCAGAACUUCUUACAGGACCAUCAAAAGUAAAAAAGAAAAAAAAUUAGGUGUUUUAACAAAGACCAUAAACUAGGUAUUGGACGAAAGAAACACAAAAAAAGGGGAAAAUUGUAACAUUGGCAGUGGUUUAAAAAAAAAUCUAAAUUCUGGUAAAAUUUUUUUCGACUUAUUUUAAAUACUUGUAAUUGAACAACAAAAAAAUCCUUCAUUCAAGGCCUUCUAAUAUACAUAUGUCUCCAAGAUCUAUGUAAAAUUUCAUUCAGAUUGAGUAGAUCGCCAAGAAGCGACUUUGAAAACACAGUUUCGAGAAAAACGCGCUUAAAGUUGUAAGUGACUAUACAGUUGAUCUCGAGCACAGAGGAGAAAACUAUUAAAUCAAUAAUUAGGAAAAUAUUCUAGAGACAUUAUAGAAUUAAACAAGAGAUUUUUUUUUAAGCCGUGAAAACUAGCAAUGAGAACCAUAGUAACCUUCGAAAUGUAAAAACUUUCUUAUUCCUUUCCUCUUAAGGGAGCAAUAAAAAUCCUCUUACAUUAGGACCAAUAGAAAUAUGAGUUCGCCGCAAACUUUUGAAUGCUUGCAGCAGUUAAAUAAUACCUAUGUUAUUGCGUGUAUUGCCUUUUAAAUUUCGGGAUUAGGAAACAACACAAAUAUUAAUCAUAGAAAACCGUUUUAAUGUUUUUCAGAAUAUUCUUUAUAAAAAUCUAUAUACUCUUGCAUUCGUUGGCAUCAGUUUUCGAAGCACUUUUGCCACUCAGAUUGAAGUACUUUCAAAACAUACAUUUUGAAGUAUUA